AUGGCGCCAGCUCCCAAUGUCCCUGCCAAGCUUGAGGCCGUGACCUCGGCACCAACAAUCGAGUUUCUCCAGCGACGAAACCAAGUCCUUCAGCGCCGCGAAGAUGAACCAUACGAAUUUCUCCGAGUUGUUGGCACAAACAUCUUCUGUUUGGGUUUUGUGAUCUGCGUGGCUCUCGGGCCAGCAUAUCUUAUAUACCGCAAGAACAAAAAGAAGAUGGUGCCGGCAUCACAGCAGCAAGAUGAUGAGGAUACAGAUUGA